GGUCAUGCCUUUUGGCCUCACCAAUGCCCCGACGACCUUUCAAGCGGCAAUGACCAAUGAGUUUCGUGCGAUGUUGGACUGGUUCGUGCUACUUAGACGACAUCCUCGUCUAUAGCAGGACCUUGGAGGAUCAUCUGGAGCACCUUCGACGAGUGUUGGAGACGCUCCACUGCGCCAAGUACAAAGUCAACCGCAACAAGUGCAAAUUUGUCCGGCAAGAGCUGGAAUACUUGGGCCAUUUUGUCACACCGGAGGGCAUCAGUCUGUUGUCGGACAAGAUUCAACCCAUCCAAGAGUGGCCGGAGUCGCGGAACGUCACAGAUGUCCGUUCGUUUCUUGGCCUUGCCAGCUACUACCAACGUUUUAUCAAGGGAUACUCGAAGAUCACGGCCCACUUAACCAAGCUUCAAAGCGAGGAUCGGCCGUUCGACUUCGGUGAGGAUGCGCGGGGUUCAUUUUUGGCCCUCAAAGCCGCAUUAUUAUCCGCGGAGAUCUUGCGCAUUUACAACCCGCUAUUGCCAACGCGCGUCACUACUGAUGCAUCCGGCUAUGGCAUUGGCACCGUCCUCAAACAACACGAUGGCGUGCACUGGCACCCGGUCGAGUACUUCAGCAAGAAAGUGUCGGUCGUGCACUCAAUCGAUGAUGCACGAAAGAAGGAGCUCCUAGCCUUCGUCCACGUGCUCAAGCGGUGGUGGCAUUUUCUCCUUGGUCAAAGCCAAUUCCGAUGGGUGACGGAUAACAAUCCGUUGGUCUUCUACAAGACCCAAGAAACGGUCAACAACACCAUCGCCCGUUCGAUGGCUUUCAUCGACCAAUUCGACUUCUUUCCCGAUCACAUUCCGGGGAAGUCUAACCGUUUUGCGGAUGCUCUUUCACGGUGUCCGGAUCAUUGUAUUGCAGUCUAUUUGACCUUCGAGAUCGACGACGACCUGUGGGACAGCUUCAUCCACGACUACCAAGUCGACCCCGAGUUUCGCGACAAGUAUGCGAAUUGCUCCUCUCCUAAUCCGGCGCCUUCUCACUAUCGGAUCCAAGAGGGUACUUGUUUGUCAACACGCGGGAGAAGGACCUUCUUUGCAUGCCAAGUAAUCCUCACUUGCGUACGCGWCUUCUUGGCGAGUUCCACGAUGCUCCCGCCACUAGACACUUUGGUCAAGCGAACGAUUGGCCGACUCUGUGAGCGCUUUUGGUGGCCCGACCUUCUCGGCGACGUCACACGCUAUUGCAAGUCAUGCGAGGUUUGCCGACGCUGCAAAUCCCGCAACCAUCGUUCGUACGGCGAGUUGCGAACAUUACCGGUCCCCUUGCGCCGAAGGGAAGUGAUUGCCAUGGACAUUACCGGGCCGUUCCCCAAGCACAAGGCCGGUGUGGAUGUGCUUCUCACGGUGGUCAACCGACUCACCAAGUUCGCCAUGUUUUUGCCUUGCCGCUAUCAUGCCAAGGCACCGGAGUUGGUUGAGCGGAACAUAACGACUUUCAUGGGCGACGAUCGCAAGACCCACCCUUUAUGGACGGUUUUCAAGAGGUUGGCGACAUCAUCUCCCAGCGAGGCUACGGCAACAGGCUGACUGAAUACUUGGUACAUUUUGCG